AUGGAGGAGCUGCGCUCGGAGAACGACUAUCUCAAGGAUGAGUUGGAUGAACUCCGGGCUGAAAUGGAAGAGAUGAGGGACAGCUAUUUAGAGGAAGAUGUUUACCAGCUGCAGGAGCUCCGGCGAGAACUGGACCGUGCUAAUAAAAACUGCCGGAUCCUGCAGUACCGCCUCAGGAAAGCCGAGCAGAAAAGCCUGAAGGUGGCCGAGACCGGUCAGGUGGACGGCGAGCUCAUCCGAAGUCUGGAACAGGACUUAAAGGUAGCCAAAGACGUGUCUGUCCGAUUGCACCAUGAACUUGAAACUGUGGAGGAGAAGCGUGCGAAAGCUGAAGAUGAAAAUGAAGCCCUCCGACAGCAGAUGAUUGAAGUGGAAAUAUCCAAACAGGCCCUCCAAAAUGAGCUGGAGAGACUGAAAGAGAGUUCCCUGAAAAGAAGAGGCAGUCGGGAAACAUACAAAGAAAAGAAAACCUUGAACCAGGAUGACAGUGCCGAUUUGAAAUGCCAGCUUCAGUUUGCCAAAGAGGAAGGCUCCCUGAUGCGCAAAAAGAUGGCCAAGCUGGGCAAGGAGAAGGACGAGCUGGAGCAGGAGCUCCAGAAGUACAAGGCCCUGUAUGGCGACGUGGACAGCCCCCUGCCCACCGGGGAAGCCGGUGGGCCACCCAGCACCAGGGAGGCGGAGCUGAAGCUGCGGCUGAAGUUGGUAGAGGAAGAAGCCAACAUCUUGGGCCGGAAGAUCGUGGAGCUGGAAGUGGAGAACCGAGGCCUCAAAGCGGAGAUGGAGGACAUGCGAGGCCAGUAUGAGCGAGAGGGUCCCGGCCGGGACCACCUCCCGAGCAUUCCUACCUCACCCUUCAGCGACUCCCUGGAGUCCUCCACGGAGCUCCGCCGACACCUGCAGUUUGUGGAGGAGGAAGCGGAGCUGCUUCGAAGGUCCAUAUCUGAGAUCGAAGACCACAACCGGCAGCUAACGCAUGAGCUGAGCAAGUUCAAGUUUGAACCGCGCCCAGAGCCUGGGUGGCUGGCGGAUGGCGGAGGCAAGGGCAUGAAUGGCGGGGCUCCCCUGCAGGAGGAGCUGAAGUCCGCUCAGCUGCAGAUCAGCGAGCUGAGCGGGAAGGUCCUGAAGCUGCAGUAUGAGAACCGGGUGCUGCUGUCCAACGUCCAGCGCUACGACCUGGCCGCCCACCUGGGCCUGCGUGCCCCAAGCCCCCGGGACAGCGACGCCGACAGCGACACAGGCAAGAAGGAGAGCGAUGGGGAGGAAGGCCGCCUGCCCCAGCCCAGGCGGGAGGGCCCCAUUGGCGGGGAGAGUGACUCGGAAGAGGUGUUGGAGAAGACGUCGGGCUUCAGCAGCGGAAAGCCGUCGGAGGCCAGCGAGCUGUGUCCGGCAGAGGUCCUGAGGGCCAGGGAGGACUCCGAGUGCUUGGUGAGCAUAAAGCAUGAGGCUGAGCGGCUGGAACGGACCAUGGAGAGCCUCAUCACAGACACCAAUGGCUUUGUGGACGACGUGGCCUCACCGGGGCCUGGUGUUCAGGGGGAGGGGGAUGGGAAGGGGCCCCAACUGCUGGGGACCAUCAAUGCCAGGAUGAAGACUUUCCGGAAGGAGCUCCAGACCUUCCUGGAGCAGGUGAACCGGCUCGGGGAUGGUGUGAGGGAGCGCCUGGAAGGCCUGUCCCCCUUGCCCCACCUCACAGAGUCCUCCAGCUUCCUCUCCACCGUGACCUCCGUGUCCCGGGACUCCCCCAUCGGGAACCUGGGGAAGGAGCUGGUCCCAGACUUGCAGUCCAAACUGAGAGAUCAGAUGGAGUGGCAGCUGGGUCAGGAGCGAGGGGACGAGCGGGAGCACUCGCACCUCCGAGCCACGCGGGAGCUGCACCGCCGAGCCGACGGGGAUGCCCGGAGCUGCAGGCCAGGAGGCCAGAGCUGUUUCAAUCUAGAGAUGGAGGAGGAUCACCUCUACGCGCUGAGGUGGAAGGAACUGGAGAUGCACAGCCUGGCUCUGCAGGGCGCCCUCCCAGAGCGGACCUGGAGUGACGAGAGGAAUCUUGUGCAGCAGGAGCUCCGGUCCUUGAAGCAGAACAUUUUCCUUUUCUACGUCAAACUCAGGUGGCUGCUGAAGCACUGGCGACAAGGGAAACAGAUGGAAGAGGAAGGAGAGGACUUCACUGAGAGUGAGCACCCAGAGCUCUACCCCAGGCCUGGGGAGCUUGGAGUCCAGGGGGACCCAAACGGGGCCAGCCCAGACCGAGAUGACGAUGGUCCAGGCUGCAGCUCUUCAGUGGGGGAGCAUUCUCCACGCUCCCCCGUGCAGAUCGGUGACCACGGAUCAUGGCUCCAGCCUGCAGAUGGAGGGCAGCUCCAUGGGCAGGCAGUGGAGAACCAGCAGCUGUUCAGCGCGCUGAAGGCCUUGCUGGAGGACCUGCGCUCCGAGCUGCGGGAGGACGAGUGCGCCCGGCUGCGGCUGCAGCAGCAGUACGCCAGCGACAAGGCGGCCUGGGACGUGGAGUGGGCCAUGCUCAAGUGCCGCCUGGAGCAGCUGGAAGAGAAGACAGAGAAAAGCUUGGGAGAACCAGGCUCCGCCACUGACAGCAAAGGGGCAUUCAGGAAGGAGAGGGAGACACACCAGAAGCUCCUCGCUGACAGCCACGGCCUGGUCAUGGACCUGCGCUGGCAGAUCCAUCACAGCGAGAAGAACUGGAACCGUGAGAAGGUGGAACUCCUCGACCGCCUGGACAGGGAUCGGCAGGAGUGGGAGCGGCAAAGGAAGGAACUCUUGUGGAAAAUAGAACAGUUGCAGAAAGAAAACAGUCCCCGGAGAGGUGGAAAUUUCCUUUGUGAUCAAAAAGAAGGCAACAUCCGCCCUUUUGCUCCCCCGGGAAGCCCCCGUGUGCCCCAACCUCUGGGGAUGUGGCCCUGCACAGAAUCGGACUCCACCCCUUUUGAAGACCGGCCGCUCUCCAAGCUGAAGGAAUCGGACAGGUGCUCAGCCCGGGAGAACCUCUACUUGGACGCUUUGGAGGAUGAGCCACAGGAGCCUCCGGCCCGCGGGCCCCAGAAGGAGUUCAGGAACUGCCUCCCUCAGGAAGAAGAAAAUCACAAGGGAAAUCUUCAAAGGGCGGUGUCCGUGUCCUCCAUGUCUGAGUUCCAGCGCCUGAUGGACGUCUCUCCCUUCCUGCCGGAGAAAGGCCUGCCCGCGGCCAGUAGCAAAGAGGACAUCACUCCCCCGCUGUCCCCUGAUGAUCUGAAAUACAUCGAGGAGUUCAACAGCAAGAGCUGGGACGAGAGGCCUCCAGACCCCUGGGCAGGCAGGACAGAGGCGGGGCGGUCUGGGGGCGAGGCCAGUGUGGAGCCUUUCCCUGACUCAUCCUGGUACCUCACCACGAGCGUCACCAUGACCACGGACACCAUGACCAGCCCUGAGCACUGCCAGAAGCAGCCCCUGCGGAGCCACGUCCGCACCGAGCCGUCCGGGGUGCGGGUGCUGCACAGCCCGCCUGCCGUCCGCAGGAUGGACAGCAUCGUGGUGGCCGGCGGUGAGAGCUCGGGCCACCCGGAGCCUGAGGGCCCGUUUGCUACAAGCAGAGCCCGAGGGGGCCCAGGAGACGCUAAGGGGGGCCCCUCAGAACACAUGCUUAGCAGGUGGCCUUGUCCCCCUCCCAGGCAACCCCGAGACUAUGGGGAGGGAGGCCUGCGCCCCCUGGAUGGCACCCUCUGCCCCUCCCUGGGCUUCGCCUCCCCGCUGCACAGCCUGGGGAUAUCCAAGAACAUGAGUGACUAUGCCAUCUGCUCUAAUUCCCCCGAGCCCCUGGUCAAGGAUAUGGCCUGCCAGACCAAUGGGUCCCAGACCACUGGGACGCAGACCGUGCAGACCAUCAGCGUCGGCCUGCAGACCGAAGCCCUGCGCGGCAGCGCCGUCACCAGCAGCCCCCACAAGUGUCUCACACCAAAGGCAGGGGGGGGUGCCACACCCGCAUCGUCUCCAUCCCGUGGCCUUAGGAGCAGGCAGGUGGCCCCUGCCAUCGAGAAGGUGCAGGCCAAGUUCGAACGGACAUGCUGCUCCCCCAAGUAUGGGUCUCCCAAGCUGCAGAGGAAGCCCCUCCCCAAAGCUGACCAGCCAAAUAAUAGGACCUCGCCAGGGCUGGCCCAGAAGGGGUGCAGUGAGUCAGCCUGGGCCCGCUCCACCACCACACGGGAGAGCCCCGUGCACACCGCCAUCAAUGAUGGCCUCUCCAGUCUCUUCAACAUCAUUGACCACAGCCCCGUGGUGCAGGACCCCUUCCAGAAGGGGAUGCGGGCUGGUGGUCGGUCUCGCUCAGCAGAACCGCAGCCGGAGCUGGGCCCAGGCCAGGACACCAGCCCCAGUUCCCGGGGACGGUCACCCAGCCCCAUCGGGGUUGGCUCAGAGACCUGUAGGGAGGAAGGGGGAGAGGGCACGCCUGUGAGGCAGGACUUAUCCGCUCCCCCUGGCUACACGUUCACCGAGAGUGUAGCCCGGAUCCUCCAUAAGAAGCUACUGGAGCACGCCUUAAAGGAGGAGAGGAGGCAGGCGCCCCAAGGCCUCCCAAGUCUUAACAGUGACAGCCUCGUGGGAGAGACAGUCAAAGCCGAACCAGGGUCCAUCGAGGAACUACCUUGUUCUGCUCUAGCUCCAUCCCUAGAAUCCUGCUUCUCCAGGCCCGAGAGACCAGCAAACCGCCGCCCUCCAUCCCGCUGGGCCCCGCAUUCCCCCACUGCCUCUACGGCUCCAUCGCUCGGAGACCCGACCUCCUUGGAGGAGUUCGGGGAGGAGGAGCCGCCCGGGGAGAAGCUGCACCAGUGACGGAUGCAAGUUUGCAUGGAUUAUCACAGAAUAAUUCACUGUAAUUUGCAUAACCACACCAUCAUCAUCCGCCAAACUCUGCCCAGAAGGAGAGAUCUCGUUUUUCCAAGGUCAAAGAACGUGUUUAAGAAAACACACAGCUGCUGAAUGUCCAACCUCUGACCUGAGAUGUUUCUAGAACGAAACAGUAAAUGUGCCUGUAAUAACUUUAUUUUUUUCAUAGCUCAGAAAACUAUUUUUGUCUCCAUCUUUUUUACACACAGUAUAUUUAAAAAAAAAAGGGUACCUAAGAUAUAAAUAAAUUUUAAAAAAUAAACGUUUUAAAGAUGUACAUUUUACAAGACCCUGCGCACCCUUGCUCUAAGACUGACUGCCUCUCUGUUGAAUUUGCACUGUUACGUUUUGGUUUGCUUUAUUUCCAUGUUGAAUUGGAGUGUUUUAAUUUUCUUUUCUCGGUGUUUUUGAUUUUUAAGAUUUUUUGAAAACUUCAGACCGUCUGAUAAAAUGAACUUUUUGUAGUGAAAAAGUCAGGAAGCCAAUAGUCAAGACAGAUGCCCUAUAUGCUGGAGGGAACACAUGUCAGCGUUUAGGAAAAGGGCGCCGCCUCCUCAGCGGGGCUCACCCAAUUCUUUGUAUAAUCCACAUAUUCUAUCGACUUGCACGUCUUCGGGUUCGAGGCGCUGGGGUGCAUGUACAUACUGCUGCUGUGGGCUCGCCAUCGCCCGAGUGAGUCGUCCCGUUGUGCACAUUGUGAGUUCCCUCGUACUGUACUUUUGUCGUCUUCUUGCAUCGAUGAUACAACAUCCGUGGCUUUUUUAAAUUAUUGUUAAAAGAUGAACUGACAAUACGCAGUGUUUACUCAAAAUUUUCUGUUUACGGGAAAAAUAUGGCACAUGAGGAUGCCGGAUUGGAACAAAGGACGGUGGCUCGGAGUCUGUACGAGACAAUGAUGAAGUAGAAAUAAAGCCCUGACAUGAUGGCA